AAUUUGUUCUCUAUGUCCAUAAAAUGACAAUUUCAUUUAACCUCUGAUUCGAAGAAAACAAUAAAACUGAAGUGAUUCAUGAAUGAUGUUUCAUUGUGAUUUUUUUAUUUGUUGUAAUUAAAAAAAUAUAUAUCUCGAAAAAAUAUAUUCAUUGAUAAUAUGGGGCCUCCUAAGAAAAGUAAUAGGAAUGAAAAAUCCAAAAAACGUAAAAGGGAGGAAGAUGACCUCUGGGCUUACGAAGAAGACGAUACUAAUGAUGCUGGAGAGGAAGCUGCUGUACCCAAUGCCGCAGCUAGGGAUGCAGAAAAAAAUGAUCAGAAUAUAGAUGAAGAUGAAUUUGGAGCCAAAGAUUAUCGAUCCCAAAUGAUUCUAAAAUCAGAUAAUUCCUCUCGUCCACUUUGGGUUGCUCCAAACGGACAUAUAUUUCUUGAAUCUUUCUCACCUGUGUACAAACAUGCACAUGAUUUCUUGAUUGCAAUAUCAGAACCAGUUUGUCGUCCAGAACAUAUUCAUGAAUACAAACUUACAGCUUACUCGCUGUAUGCAGCAGUAAGUGUUGGGCUUCAAACUAAUGAUAUUAUAGAAUACUUAAAGAGAUUAAGUAAAACAAGUAUUCCUGAAGGAAUCAUUGAAUUCAUUAAACUAUGUACUCUUUCAUAUGGUAAAGUGAAAUUGGUGUUGAAACAUAAUAAAUAUUUUGUUGAGAGUCCUCAUCCAGAAGUGCUCCAAAAAUUACUGAAGGAUCCUGUUAUUCAGGAAUGCAGGUUGAGGAAAAAUAUUGAAAAUGAGGAAGACGAUUUAAUUACACAGAUUCAAGAAAAAAAGAAUGUGCCAAACUUUGGUACAAAGUCAGGUGCUUCUGAACAAACCUCAGAGGAAGGUACAGUUGUUCCAGAGGAUAUCACCAAUUUUUAUGAUAAAAUGGAUAAUGAAGAAGAUGAGGAGGAAAAUACUUUGCAAACAGUUUCUUUUGAAGUUAAUCAAGAGAAAAUUGAAGUUAUUCAAAAAAGAUGUAUAGAAUUGGAACAUCCCCUUUUAGCAGAAUAUGAUUUCAGAAAUGAUACUGUUAAUCCUGAUAUCAAAGUAGACUUGAGACCAUCUGCAGUAUUGAGACCUUACCAGGAAAAAAGUUUAAGAAAAAUGUUUGGAAAUGGAAGAGCACGAUCAGGGGUUAUUGUGUUACCUUGUGGAGCAGGUAAAUCACUAGUGGGAGUUACUGCAUGUUGUACUGUUCGUAAACGUGCAUUGGUUUUAUGUAAUUCAGGAGUCUCAGUAGAACAGUGGAAACAACAAUUCAAAAUGUGGUCAACAGCAGAUGAUAGUAUGAUUUGUCGUUUCACAUCUGAAGCUAAGGAUAAACCAAUGGGUUGUAGCAUAUUGGUUACAACUUAUUCAAUGAUUACACAUACGCAAAGAAGAUCUUGGGAAGCUGAACAAACAAUGAAAUGGUUGCAGGAGCAAGAAUGGGGCAUUAUGGUUUUAGAUGAAGUGCACACUAUUCCAGCAAAAAUGUUUAGGAGAGUUUUAACAAUUGUACAAUCGCAUUGUAAACUUGGUCUUACUGCUACAUUGCUUCGUGAAGAUGAUAAAAUAGCUGAUUUGAAUUUUUUAAUUGGACCAAAACUUUAUGAAGCAAAUUGGUUAGAACUUCAAAAACGUGGCUUCAUCGCCAGAGUACAGUGUGCUGAAGUUUGGUGUCCUAUGACACAGGAGUUUUACAGGGAAUAUCUUAUGUGCAAAACAAGUAAACGAAUGUUAUUAUAUGUUAUGAACCCCAACAAAUUUCGAGCAACCCAAUAUCUUAUUCGUUAUCAUGAAAGAAGGGGUGAUAAAACUAUAGUAUUUUCUGAUAAUGUUUUUGCGUUGAAACAUUAUGCUAUCAAAAUGAAUAAACCAUACAUUUAUGGUCCAACAUCCCAAGGUGAAAGAAUACAAAUAUUACAAAAUUUUAAAUUCAAUCCAAAAGUGAAUACGAUUUUUGUGAGUAAGGUAGCUGACACAUCUUUUGAUUUACCGGAAGCUAAUGUGCUGAUUCAGAUUUCAUCACAUGGUGGUUCUAGGAGGCAAGAGGCUCAGAGAUUGGGUAGAAUAUUGAGAGCCAAGAAAGGUGCGAUCGCAGAAGAAUACAAUGCAUUUUUUUAUACUCUUGUGUCACAAGAUACAAUGGAAAUGGCUUAUUCAAGAAAAAGGCAAAGAUUUUUAGUGAAUCAAGGAUAUAGUUAUAAAGUAAUCACCAAGUUAUCAGGUAUGGAGGAAGAGCAAGAUAUGAUGUAUAAAACAAGGGAAGAGCAGGGACAACUAUUACAACAGGUACUUGCAGCCAGUGAUAUUGAUUGUGAAGAUGAAAAAAUGCCAGGAGAAGGAGGUAGAAACUUAGCUUCUGGAAGUAGAAAAGUUGGCCAUAUGGGUUCAAUGUCUGGUGCAGAUGAUGCCGUAUACUAUGAAUACAAAAAAUCGUCAGGGAAUAAGCAUCCUCUGUUUAAAAAAUUCAGAUACUGAAUUUUUGAACUUCCAAGGAUGAAAAUAACAAUUGGUCCAUUUUGGAAUUGCAAGGUGAUAUCAAAUCUCAUUCAGAAGCUAAUUUGGAAAAUCAAUUUAUAGGGGACUUACAUUUUACAAAAUCAGGAAUUCCAAUUCUCA